AUGGCGAGCCUGAUGAAGAAGCUCAGGAGGAAGCGUCGGCUGUCAUCCGAGCUUGACGCGCGCUGGGGCGAUCCGUCAAUUAGCUAUCCCAAUCAAGGAUCCUGGAAUCAGUGGGAUCAACCUUCAGGGUUCGUUGCAAAUGCCUCGAUGGGGGCAGCCUCUGCCAGUUUUCAGUCGCGGGAGCGAAAAGAUUAUAUGAGUACGGAGCCUAUAUCGACAGGCGACUUUGGACGUUCCAGUGACUCUCACUACCACGGCUCAGAUGUACCGAUGGACCAGCUUCAUGCCAUCUCGGUAAUCCCUAAGGGUUAUUUCAACGAGAACAUACGACAUCGGGUCGACCGGAGUCGGCGAGCACCACCCGCACGAGGGCUCGGCAUCAACGGCACGUUGCGCGACACGAAUCAUUCUCAAAAGACCUUGGCAGGGGAGGAAGACUCGUGCGAAGACGGGGACGAAGAGAGCGAUGACGACUGCUGUGAAGAGGACCACGAGGACCUUGCACCGGGCCGCUUCGGGCAGCUCAGAUAUGAUAUUUCGGUCCGCAGCCCUCUAGCGGCCGACCCUCGACAACAAUCGCCCCAAGAGAAUUAUGACAGGGCCCAUGACUAUCACCGGCCUUCCAAAUCACCGCCUCUGUCGGUCACUCAACGUAUGCGUCGGCUCAGCCAGCAAAGUGCCGCGACAGAUCCGAUCUCGUCUACCGCCGGGACAGCAAGCUCCCGGUGCACCAGCUAUACUGCGGCUUCGUCCGUCUCGGUCCCUACACUUCCUCCGAGUACGCCGCGCUUAGCGAUUAAACUUGAUCAUGCUUUGCAUGACAAGCGACCGAUUCAUCGCUCCCGACCCAAAAUGGAUGAGGCUCAAUCCCAGCAGCGGAUGGUUCCCUCGUAUGACGAGCUUUAUGGGUGA